AUGGGCCGGUCCUUUCGGCCCCAGAGGGUCUACCAAAGAGCCAAGAUCAACCUGGCCAUUCCGCGCAACAGCGACGCGCCCCAUGCAGUUCCCCCAGUAUGGCUCAAAGUCAUUGAGAGGAUACCACCGUCAGAGAUCUUGACGCGUCCUAAACCUAUACCGCACCGCGAACCAAACCCACGGCAGCGGCACCCACGGAACAUCUUCAAGCCCCAGCAGAUCACAUACCCAGAGGACGAGCUUCGGUGGAACUUCUUUAAGGACCAUCCGUGGGAGCUGGCACGACCCAGGGUGGUGGUGGAGCUUGACGGCAAGGAUGGGAGAUACGUGGACUGGAGCAGGGGCUUAAAGCAGCCCGGUGUGCCAGUCACGGGUGAAUCAGUUGUUCAGAGGCAGCUAUGGCUGAUGGAGAACGGCCAGGGCGUAACAAAAGAGCAAGCUUACGACAUAGCGCGCAAAGAGUUCUACGACAUACGGCAGCAACAAGACAUCGAGAGGCGUAUUGCCCAGGAAGAGGCGCGCAUGGUUGGCGCAUACUUCGGCAAGUCCAGGUCGGAAGUCAGCAUGGAGCUGGAGGAUGCGGUGUACGAGAAGUGGAAGAAGUGGGCUGAGGGCGAGGCUCAAAAGCUCCAGGCUGAGCGCGAGUCGGCUUAUGCCAACUUUGGCAACGACGACAAAGCCAUAGAGACAGAGGAAGCCGAGCGUAUUGCAUGA